UGGCUCCCGAGCCUUGGCAGUACGUGAUUGCGAUCGCGGAGGGGCACUUGGAUCUGCAACAGGAACAUUUACAAUAUUGAUACACGAUCCGAAUAUUCGAUAUCACACCAUUCUACCUUAUCAUACGAAAGCGAGCACAGAAAAAUUGGUGGACGUGGUUGAUUGGCGCUCGAGCCAUCGCAAAGAAUUCGAAUUCCGCCCAUUGUCGCAUCGUCUAUCCAGCCAGUGUCGCAAAGCCCCCAUCGCAGUUUCAGAGCGCAUUGCUCUCUUACUACUGGCCAAUUUCUCUCGAUAUUACACUCCUUUUGCAUCACAUCGACACACUCAGCUCUUCUUUCGACUUUACAAUGGCGAUACUGGAGGCCUUCCCUAAGGCGCCGCCUGCUAGCCAGGGUGGCUUCCUGGGUCUGAGCAAGAAGCAGUGGGCUUUGACAACGUUGACCUUUCAGAACUCGGCCCUUAUCUUGAUCAUGCACUACUCUCGCGUUAUGCCUCCGAGUGGCGAUCAUCGCUACUUUACUUCGACCGCUGUCUUUCUGAACGAGAUUAUCAAGCUCGCUGUUUCGCUAUCUUUGGCCAUCUACGAUACCUCAAAGACCCUAGCCCCUACGACACCCGCGACAGUCCUUUUCGAGCAAAUCUAUAACUCUGUCUUUGCAGGUGAUGGGUGGAAACUCGCAUUGACAGCUGCCUUUUAUACCCUGCAGAAUAUGCUGCAGUAUGUCGCUGUGGGUAACUUGGAUGCGGUGCACUUUCAAGUGCUGUAUCAGCUCAAGAUUCUCAUCACUGCCCUAUUCAGUGUUGUGCUGCUGCGGCGGCACUUGGGACCCAAGCGCUGGCUUGCCCUCAUCAUCUUGACGCUAGGCGUAUGUGUUGUGUCACUUCCUCAAGCCGGCUCAUCUUCGAGCUCAUCCAGCAUUCCUCUCCGCCACAUGACGGACCAUUUCUUCCCCCGCUCGCUCCAUGAGCUUGGACACGUGCCCACCGACAACAGCCAGGCUGGAAAUCUAGCUAAGCGAUCUGCAACCUAUCAAGGCAUUGACCAUGACCUGCCGCCUCUGGAUCCUCUCAUGAAUUACUCGGUUGGCUUAGUCUCUGUUCUUGUCGCUGCUACGGUAUCCGGCUUAACUGGUGUUUACUUUGAAAAGUUACUCAAAGAGAGUCCCACCCAAGCCAGUGUUUGGAUCCGAAAUGUUCAGCUAAGCUUUUAUUCCAUCUUUGCUGCCGGCCUUGGUGGUGUAAUUUGGCAGGAUGGUGAGGGAAUCAGCGAGCACGGCUUUUUCGAGGGCUACAAUUGGGUCGUGUGGAGUGCCGUUGUGCUCCAAGCUGCCGGUGGCAUGUUGGCGAGCGUUGUAAUUCGGGACACGGAUAAUAUUGUCAAGAACUUUGCGACAAGCAUCAGCAUUGUCAUCAGCUUCUUGAUCAGCAUCAUGUUGUUCCAGUUCGAGGUGUCAGCAACAUUUGUCAUUGGCACAUUCCUUGUUCUUCUCUCUACUUGGAUCUAUAAUGGUUCAGAUAGGGCUAUCCGUCGUCCUCCACCGAUCCAGAUCCAUAGCUUCGAGAAGCCGGCUAUUGAGCCGUUCCAAACCCCUCGUAAUUUGGCAAACCGACUGACCGUCAAUCCCAUGGAAAGCCCUAUGGGGUUGACCACAAGUCGACCAAGCACACCACUGCUGCCCAGAACGCCAAGCCGAUCCAACUUUAAGAGAGACGAUUGAUCUUUCAAUAUAGAUUGAUCAAAACACCACGUUAUACACUCGAAUACAAAAAUUCGUAUUCGAGAUUUCAUUAUCAUGAAGUUGAACGAAGACAUGAAUCGCACAUCCUUGCAGUAGCAUUAUAUAUAGCCAGGAUCUCAUUGGUACAUUUCUUGGAUAGAUAGAACAGCUUGCAUAGCCGGUCUGGAGUGGUUAUCACUCAUUCAUAUUCCGGUAGGUAUGGUUGGCGAUAGGAAAAACACCCACUUCUGAGGAGGUGCGGUAUGACAGUAUACCCCUGGUUAGAGAAACCUGAAUCUUAGAUCAAGACUAGAAAGGAUGGGAACGGUGUUUCCCACAAAUCACAGCUUCCGAGUUGAAAAUUUGGUAGGGAGGCUUGGACAAGAAU